UAAUCCUGGGUCACACAAAGUUUAAGAGUGCUUUACAGGGGAGACUCACUUCUUUUUGCCUCAACCUUUCCAUGCAGACGGGAUGUUACGUGCUUUGCUGUUUACACUGUCAGUAGUUGCCAUUGCUCAUGCUGAGCUCUGCAAGCCAGAAGCGCAGAAUGCUUUCAAAGUACGGAUUAGUAUCAAAACAGCUUUGGGAGAUAAUGCAUAUGCCUGGGAUGCUAAUGAAGAGUACCUCUUCAAAGCAAUGGUGGCUUUUGCAAUGAGAAGAUAUUCCAGCAAGAGUACAACUCAAAUUUCCAAUGUGCUGCUCUGUAAUGUGACAGACCGGGUGUCCUUUUGGUUUGUAGUCACAGAUUCUUCCAAAAACGUGACAACUGUUCCUGGAAGUGAAGUAGAGGCAGCCAUCAGGAUGAACCGGAACAGAAUCAACAAUGCCUUCCUACUGAGUGACAAAACACUGCAGUUCCUGAAGAUAACCUCAACCUUAUCACCUCCUGUUGAACCCUCUACUCCCGUCUGGCUUAUUGUAUUUGGUGUUGUUCUUUGUCUCAUUGUGGCUGGGAUUGUUUUCCUCGUUGUUUCAGGGAUUCAGAAACACAAGAAAAAGAAUAAAGAGUCAACAGAGAGAGAAAAUUUAGAAGAUAAAGAUGAAGUGACACUAGAAAAUGGGAUUCCUUGUGAAGCACUGGAUUUAAAAGCAGGCCACAUUAAUGGAGUCUUUGCAGCAGAUGAUGAACGGUUCACAUCCCUAUGAAAUGCUGCCACUGCUCCUGGGUGGUUUCCUGAAAGACUCCUUUGCCUGCCUUUUCUCAUCACUACUCCUGAAUGUCAAACAUGAAGACAAGAAAAACGUCUCCUUCUACGUAAUUUCCCUUGAGAGAACCUUUUGCUGAUAACACAUACACUUGAACCUCCAUUCCAGUUCUUUUUCAUGAGCAACGCAAAUAAGAAGCCCUCAGAUAAUAUCUAUAAAAGAUUUCCGGAAGAUGUGUGGCAAAAGAGGGUUGGAACCUCCCUUGUGCCAGACAUCUCAUUUUUAAUGAUUAUUUAAAUAUGUCCAUUGUUUGUUUUUCUCUGACAUAAAUGUGAAACAGCAGUAUUCUUGAAUCUCACUGGUGAGAUCAUCUAUCAUUGCCAAUUCUUGAUGGGUUUUUUUUCAAGCCAUAUGCAAAAGUUUCUCUGUAAAAUUACUUCUGUUUGCUGCUAUGUAGUAUGCCUUUGGAUGGAACAGUCAACAGUGCAUGACAGUUUUCAUAUAUUGAGAAACAAAAAAGCUUUCACAGCCUCUGUAAGACCAGGUCAAAAUACCUGGAUCAUCUAUAGCUCUGAGGCUAGGAAAAAACGGUACUAGAAGUGUUUUUCACUUAACUGUCAAAGUUACAGAUUUUGUGAGCUGGCAAUUAAAAGUUGCAAAACUCUGAAAUUUGUUGAAAUUAAAAGUUGCAACAAAGGGCAGAUUUUCCACAGGUGCAGUCAGUGUUUAGUGGCUCUCACUAAAUCAUAGAAUCACAAGCCAGCCUGGGUUGCAAGGGAUAUUAAGAUCAUCUAGUUCCAAUCCCCCUGUCAUGGGCAGGGACACCUUCUGCUAGACCAAGUUACUCAGAGCUCCGUCCAGUCCAGCCUUGAACAUUUUCAGGGGUGGGACAUCCACAGCUUCUCUGGGUGUUCUGUCCCAGUGCCUCAACAAUCUCACAGUAAAGGAUUUUCUCCAAAUAUCUAAUCUAAACCUGCCCUCUUUCAGUUUGAAUCCAUUUCCCCUUGUCCUGUCGUUAUAUAGAAGCCCUUGUAAAUAGUCUUUCACAGCUCUCUGGAAAGAUCUUGCUUUCAGUUUUUAAUAAUAAAGCUAGAGUAGAUUUCCAACAUAGCCAGCAUGGGGUCAGAUGAGCCCUCAUGUUCAUGUGAUAGGUGGAUAACUUUUGAAAGGAUUCAAGGUGUGAAACACCAACUUCGGUGUUUGGUAUGCCUGACCUGGAUAAGUGAUAAAAUUCUGGCUGUCUCAGAAGCACUGGUCCACAGAAAAGUGGAGUUUUGUGUGUGGGUAACUAUAAAAACAGAAUGGAAAUGUGCUGAAGCAAAAUAUCUGCAGUCACCAAGCAUCUGCCCACAUCACUGGAUUUGACCAUUAACCAUCCCAUUUCCAGUGUCAUCUUUAGAUGCAAUAUUAGAAAACCUCUUUGCUUAUUAGGAGUGUUUCAUCAGACUCCUUCAUCAGAACAGGUUUAACAGAGGAAAAGCUGCUUGUAAAGGACCAUCUAGUGUCCUGAAGGGUACAAAGGUUUCUUGUUUCCCAGGGUGGAAAUCCUUCAGCCUUUUGGCUGUGUUGAGCACCUUUGACUUGUCUCAGUACUGGCUCUUAGGACCAGUGUCAACAGAAAGGGAGGAAUGGGAAGGAGAAGGGAAAGCAGCAGGGUGAAAGGGGAAAGCUGAGCAAGGAAAGCCAAAGGCUGGGGGAGGCAGGGGAUACAGUACAAAAUAAAUACAAAUUUAAAUACAAAUACAAAAUAAAUACAAAAUACAAAAAUAAAUACAAAAUAAAACUAUGGAACCCACUAAUCAUUUGCAUCACGUGAUCUCAUUUGUCACAGUUGUCUUUGAUGUCCUGCUGGUGGGUCUCUCUGGACAAGGACUGCAUCAUCUCUGUGUCCCAGUGUGUGCUGCUCUGUUCUGGAAAGGAUUAAUAAAGUCAGUUAUUAGUGAUAAUAUCUCAGUGCUUUAAAAUUACCAUCCACAAGAUGUGGAUGUAUUUCUCACAGGAAUGUUGAAAAUGAAGCUUGACAGUGUUGGAGGGGAAAUAGAGAGUACAGUGUUAUUAUUACUGCUUCAGUCAUUGCUCCAAGGUCUCUCAUGUAGGCAAGGUUUUAUUGAGGUAAUUCAGAUCCCAUCCUUUCUAAACAUUCAUACUUUUCCUGUUCUUUGCAUGACAGAUAGCUACACCUCAGUGUGACCACAAUGAAUUGCUGUGACUGCAGCACCUCUGCAAGAACCUGUGAAAGAUUUUGGUGAGAACAGCUUAGUGGUGCAAGAGCAACCUCAAGCUACAGAUUAAGAAUUGCUGUUAUCCUGUAUUGUACUGUAUGACACUGAAAUAAAAUUCUCUUGAGAUGAGAAA